AUGGCGCCAGAGGUCACAGCGCCCGCGAGGCCAGGCUCGCCCCCGACGAAUCGUCGUAUCACUAGGAGAGCCGAGACGAAGCGGCGCGAAUAUGAUACGAACAUGCCCGAACGCCUGCGAGAUAGCGAUGAGUCGUCGGGAGACGACGAGGAUUCCGAACGAGCAUCAACACUACCAAUGAACAUGAACCAAAGCAUCUUUGGCCUGAUAGCCGCCGCUGGGUCAAGGGUGGACUUCAACGAGAGAUUCGACGACAGUAGCAGUGACGAGGAUGCUGAAGGGACUGGCGAUGGGGAGAGGCACCGGGAACAUGAGGACCUGUCACGAACGACCAUAUUCCAGCCUCCGUCCAGAACAGAGAAGCAGGGCCGCAGUCACCGUCGCAGGGUGUCAGGGCGCAGGGGCCUUCUUAAGUCACUGCCCUCGUUGCCGCGCCUAAUGUCGAAAUCCAAAAGCGCCCCAGGGAAGCUGCCUCCGCACGGUGAAACUUUGGACGAAAGCGAGGACAAUGAAACUGGCAAUCUUGCCAGGCCACCUGCUAUUGAACUCACACGAACGGUUUCGACCGACAGGCUGCCACCGGUCAUGAGUCGGAUGCUUGAAGCGCAUGCCGAAAUGGCGAGCCGGUCCAGCUUCGACGCGCCCGAUGUAACAAAGGGCAGCGAUGUCGACGAUGAUGAUAAUGAUGCUGUUCUUCUCGCGAAUCGAAUGAUGGAGAUCUUCGAAUUCGACGAACCGGAGUUGGUCAUCGAGGAGUAUCCUUGCUGGCUGCUGCAGAGCGUUCUGCUGCAAGGGUAUCUGUACAUCACAGAGAAGCACAUUUGCUUCUAUGCGUACGUGCCUAGGACGGUGAAUCAAGUUCUCAAAUCCGGCUUCCUGGCCAAGACAGGAAAGCGAAAUCCUCGAUACACUCGAUUCUACUUUCGGCUCAAAGGUGACGUGCUCUCUUACUAUCGCGACACCCAGAACCAGUAUUUUCCGCACGGGCAGAUCGACCUCAGAUACGGCAUCUCUGCAUCCAGCACCGAUAAAGACAAGGAUGGCAUGAGCUUCGAAGUCGUGACGCGCCAUCGUACCUACAGGUUCCGUGCCGACAGCGAGGCCAGUGCACAGGAAUGGGUGAAGACCCUACAGCGAGUCAUCUUCAGAAGUCACAACGAGGGCAACAGCGUAAAGAUCGCGCUACCUAUCGCGAACAUUAUGGACGUGGAAGAAGUACACAUGACAGACUUCGCCGAGACCUGCAAAAUCCGCGUUAUUGACAACGAUGAGACAUGGGCCAUGGACGAAUACUUCUUCUCCUUUUUCAAGCUUGGUCAGGAGGCCAUUGAUGUUUUGAAGAUCAUGGUGGAGGAACGGGGCGCCGACCAGAGGAAAUCCCACGAUGGAUCUGAACGAUCCGACGUGCUCAAGGCACCUGCUCCAUCUUCACAGCCCAGGGGGGAUAAGACGGCCAGCACUGCCCCCCGUUUGCAAGUCUCGACGGUCAAGUCAACUCUAUACCCAUUGCCUCCGCAGUCGCCACGCGGCACAAGCCCUAUUGCGAGCCCAGACGCAUCCCGGAAAUCAAGCUUGGAUGCUUUUCGUUGUAUUGGCAGGCGAAGUCUCGACACGGCGGGCGCCCCGCGCGAUGCUCGUCCUCACAGCAGGGGCUUUAGCGGCAGCAGCAGGUCCAGGAGUCAUUCUCGACAAGGUGGCUCCAGAACGCCUCAGCCACUUCAGUCGCCGAUCGCAUCUUCAGAGUCCUAUCUACAAUCGUCAGUUGAGGAUCCAAGCUUUUCGAACCUGGGCGCUUCAUCCCUAGAAGAUCCCUCAGCUAGUCAGCUUCUCACCGACAGUGCUGUCUUCCGCCAGAGCCCGACCGUGCCACGGUCCACGGACGGCCAUGCUUCGAAUGCUUCGAAGAGCCGGGAGGCCCAUGCUAGGGAGCAGCUUGCACCUUUGGCUACGUACUCGGGCCUAUCGAGCCAGCACAAUACACAGCAUGAACAGAUUGGCGACAAGGCACAGCCCCCAACACCAACCUUGCAAAGUAUUUCACAGAUGGGGGGCUCAUCGCUUCAACGAGCUAGUGCUUUUGUUGACUAUCUCGAUCGCACCCGCCAGAAGAUGAGUUCGCUCUUGGCGACUGAAUCCAUGGGAUAUGUGGAAAAGGUGCACGGCAUGUGGCAAGGGAAACGCAAGCAUUAUGACGACCCUGCCGCGGUAAGGCCUGACGACGAUGACGGCGACCUCGAGAAGGACUCUGAAGGCAAAUUGCAAAUGUCGCACGAGCGGUUCCGUGCACACUUUGCCCUACCGGAUGCCGAGAAACUGCAAGCUACAUACUAUGGCCAUUUGUUCCGUGUAUUACCUCUCUAUGGUAAGAUCUACUUGAGCAAUCGCUACUUUUGUUUCCGUAGCUUGCUACCAGGAACGCGGACUAAACUCAUCCUGCCGCUGCAGGAUGUGGAGAAUGUCCACAAGGAGAAAGGCUUUCGGCUGGGAUACUCGGGGCUCGUGGUCAUUAUCAAGGGGCAUGAGGAGAUAUUCUUUGAGUUCAACCUGGCGGUCGACCGGGACGAUUGUGCGGUCACGCUACUGAGGAGUCUAGAAACGACACGGUACUUGAAGGAAUCCGGACGUCUCUACGAGGAGGAGGAGGCUGAGGAGCAGUCCGCCCUGUUUGAGCAUAACGCACUCAAGUCGGCCCGCGAGAUGGGUAAUCCGGACCACGAGCCGCAACAAGCUCUGCGCACGACUGGCCUCGAGCAUGUUCCAACAAUACUCGAGGGCCCGGAUUUGUCGAUCAUCAGCUUCAAGCCCAAGGAAUCUAUGAGAAUCACUUGCUUGACCAUCGGCUCACGAGGCGAUGUGCAGCCAUAUAUCGCGCUGUGCAAGGGGCUUAUUGCGGACGGACACAAAGUAAAGAUUGCGACACAUCAAGAGUUCCAGCCGUGGAUUGAGUCACACGGCAUUGAUUUUGCUGAAAUAGCAGGCGAUCCGGGCUCGCUUAUGCGGCUUUGCAUUGAGCAUGGGACAUUUACCCUUGCUUUCCUUCGCGAAGCCAACGCAACCUUCCGAGGGUGGCUCGACAGCCUGUUGCACUCUGCCUGGGAGGCUUGCCAGGACACAGACCUCUUGAUCGAAUCGCCCUCAGCCAUGGCUGGUAUUCACAUCGCCGAGAGACUGAGGAUACCCUAUUUCCGAGCCUUCACCAUGCCAUGGACCCGCACGAGAGCGUAUCCGCACGCAUUCGUCAUGCCAGAGUCCCGGCUGGGAGGUGCCUACAAUUACAUGACAUACAUCAUGUUCGAUAACCUGUUCUGGAAAGCCACAUCCUACCAGGUGAACCGAUGGCGGAACAACACCCUAGGUCUUCCGAACACGAGCCUGGAGAAGAUGCAACCCAACAAGGUACCCUUUCUGUACAACUUCAGCCCAAGCGUUGUGGCGCCCCCGCUGGACUUUUCUGACUGGGUGCGCGUGACUGGGUAUUGGUUCUUGGACGAGGCAGGCGGCUACGAGCCGCCGUCAGAUCUCGCCGAAUUCAUCAGGAAGGCGAGGGCUGAUGGCAAGAAACUGGUAUACGUCGGCUUCGGAUCUAUCAUUGUGGACGAUACGCCCAAGAUGACGCGAGAAGUCAUUGAUGCAGUCCAGAAGGCCGACGUUCGCUGCAUAUUGUCCAAAGGCUGGUCCGAACGUGGUACUGGCACAGACGGCAGUGCCCCAACACCACAUCGAGAGGAACCCGAGAUGCCGUCUGACAUCUUCGUGAUCAAAAGUGCGCCACAUGACUGGCUCUUCCGGCAGAUCGAUGCGGCGGCUCACCACGGAGGCUCGGGUACGACGGGGGCCAGUCUCCGCGCUGGCAUUCCCACAAUCAUCAGACCCUUCUUUGGCGACCAAAACUUCUUUGCUGGGCGAGUGGAAGAUCUCGGCGUGGGCAUUGCACUGAAGAAAUGGGGCACCAAUGCAUUUGGCCGGGCGCUCUGGGAGGCUACGAGGAAUGAGCGCAUGAUUGUGAAGGCGCGGGUGUUGGGUGAACAGAUCCGCGCAGAGGAUGGGGUUGACACGGCCAUCCAGGCCAUCUAUCGCGAUCUUGAGUAUUCCAAGAGUCUCGUCGAGCGCAAGGCUGGCAAGAAUCAUCCCGUACCCGCAUCGACCAGCGCAUCGCAGGGAGGCGAUUUCGACGACGACGACGAGGAGAGUUGGACAUUUAUCGGAGCCGACGAGCCCGAUCCCGAGUCUGUCACCAAGAAGCUCAGCGAGGGACUUUUCCUGGAUGGCGCUGUCGGCUCACAGCUUAGAAGUGGAAGACCAGCUGACGCGGCGAGAGACAACAACUAG